AUGUCUACCGGAGCAUACUGGCCCGCGGGAAACACAACCAGCCUUUACCCCUCAGAAAAUCCAGAGAGACCUGUCGCUACGGUUAUGUGGGAUUACCAAAAUUGUGUCCCCCUCGAUCAGAUUCCCACCAGAGACAAGCCUCUCCUUCUCUUGACCCCUGUCGUGGUACCACCGGUGGGAAACAAUCCCACAGAUGACAGAGAUCCGUUUGAGAUACUCGGACAAUCCAUCUCUGGCCGAAAUAUUCCAGUACGCCAUGUUCCUUAUACCAAGAAUCAAGGGAUUACGGGCGUCCAUGUGGCCUUCAUCAAGAGGGCGAGGGCUGUGAUCUUCGUCAUCACCCACUUGGCCGACACUGACGGCCCGCUACAGUUGGGAUUUGCUGAACUCGUGGCGCGGAUAUGUGAAUCAAGGCCACUCAUUACCCUGAUCUGCUGUGAUUUGGCAGGUCGAAACAUCUCUAGCACGCAGUUUCGGACUUUGGUGCACAUCACCGGAUACACGAAUGCUGAUCUGCUAGUUGCAGCAGCCCUGCUCCUGGAUGGCGGUUCGAGGCCAACAGUGCCUGUAGUUACCGGCAUGCCCGCCCCAGAUGCAUCCGAACCUGAGCCUGCGUGGUCAGUUCGGCCCUGGGUUGCCGAGCGAGACUUGGCGGAAACAUGCGCCCUUUGGGAAGCGUGUCUCCCUCAACAGUUCCAUCUAAGUGCGUCUACUCUCGGGUCUGUCCUGAAAAGAGAUGGCUACGCAUUGCAUUACAUCGUGCGGGAGCCGACGGGAGGGUCGCUUGUUGGCUUCUGUGCAGCCUAUGCUACCUUUGCCGACAGCUCCGACGUUGCUCUGAUAGGGUCCAUCGCGGCCAUCAUCGUGCGAGCUGAGUACCGAGGCCAGGGAAUUGGCUCUUCCCUUCAUGAUACUGCAAUGAACAAGCUCCAUAGGGUCAGAGGCGUGCAGAGGCUACACCUAGGAACAACUUUUCCUCGGCUGUUCAGUGGUUUGACCGCUGAUAUGGCUGAUGCAAGUCAGUGGUUCGCAAGAAGAGGCUGGCCAGUCGACGCGCAAGGGUAUGGGGGGCAGGGUAGCCUUGUCACUGACUGGAUUCUUCGCUUUACGGACUUGACAGGCGUCGUAAUUCCCUACUCUGGCCUAGGAUUUCGACUGUGCCACGAGGCGGAUGCGCACCAUGUGCUGGGCCUUGAGAAUCGCCCGCCGGCGACAUCUAGCCACGGCUUCGGCUGGUACGAUCAGUACGCUCGGACUGUGAACAGUGAGUAUAUUAGCGAUAUCGUCGUUGCCUUUGACAAUGCUACAAUAGUAGCAACGGCCAUCACGUUUGUCCCUGGCCAGCAGAGUCCGGCAGCAGCCGACAUUCCGUGGCCGGGAUCUCUGAAUAGCAAUGUUGGAGGAGUAACAUGCAUUUGUAUUCGAGGUCAGCUCUCUUUCCACUCCCCUUUCCCUCCCUUUUUGCAAAGCGAAAACAGAUAUGAAAUUCGCGUAUCCUUUUAUUGA